CUUGCUGAUAACUGGAAUUCAGGCACACCACUUUGGCGAAAUGGACCACCUGAGAAGCCUGUAUUAUGCAAUGCAUGUGGAUCAAGGUACAGGCUAGGAAAACCCCUUGAAAACUAUACUCCCAAGAGUAUUAUUGUUCUCAGAAAGAAGAAGAGACGAAGAGCUGUACCAAAGGCAAUGGUUACUCAACAGAAUACUAUUGUGGCAAGCAGUGCCGGCUAUGCAUCUAACCUGCAACGUUAUGCAAGUUCAGAGUCUUCAACAUCACAUGAUCAGAAUCUUCUCAAUAUGAACCAACAGAAUGGAGCUGAGAUUCCAGUUGAGAAUUGGGAAAGUUUAUGGGGUUCUCAAGUUCCUUCAAGAAGCAGGUCACCAGUGCUGUACAGUAGGGUUACAUCAAUCAAAAAACUUCAAAUGGACCUUCACAACAUUCUAAGGGACGAAGGUCCUUUCAUUGCAUCUGAAGGCCAGGAGGAUGUGCUCAUUUAUAAUGAUGACAUCAACAAGCUGCAAAUUCCUUCUACUGAAAUUGGUCUGGGAAGCAUUCUUCUCAAAUUUCCUGCUACUGAUUGUCAAGAGCAGGAAAUUGAGCCAUCCUCUUCUAGCACAUGUGGCAAGCCUUCUGCCUUGAAUGAUGUACAAAUAGCUUCUCCAUCUCUGGCAAAUGCAUGCAGUGAUGGUGUUGAUGAUGGCAUAUAAAAUAAAAAUUCUCCAACAAAGGUACUGAGGAUUGAUUUCUCUUCCCUUUUGAAUUCCUCACAGUCAAUCUUGUUGUGAUUAUAUGAAAUUGAUUUCCAUGGUUCUUAGUUCCACUGUACUUUGCUCAUCAGGAACAUGAUCGAGGAGCUUCAGCGACAAUGGGGGCAGCCGACGGCUGAUCAAUCAUUUGUGUAGUUGAAACAAAGCAAAGGUCCCUCGAGAAAAACCAAUUAAUAGCUUGUCCUGCAACAUGCUCAACUGAUCUGUCUGAUUUAUGAACAAAAGGGAUUCAUCUAUGUGUAUGUCGCUAUAAAGGCUUUAAUUGUUUGAUAAUGCCUCCACCUCAUUGUUAGAGAUAGACCUAAUUGUUUGAUAAUGCCUCCACCUCAUUGUUAGAGAUAGACCUAGUUGUUUGAUAUUUUAUAUUUGAUCAUAACAAUUUACAAUCGCAUGUGCCAUAGGGUCCCUAAGUGUGUUGUAUGUUUUGGAA